AGUGCUGGCAAUAUGACUCGUUGAAAUUUGAAACCAGUUGAACGUACGGAGUCGUGACAGUACCACCUUGAACCAAUGAUCGCGUAAUAUCGAAGAAUUUUUCGAAGUUUGUCGGUCCUGGCUCGAAGUUCGCGAAUCUACUAUGUUCAGAGUAUACUUGUUGCACGCGGCGGAGUUGGAUCGGCGGUUGGUCGAGGAGGGAAGGAAGGGGACAGAGACAAGAGUAGAAGUAGAAGAUUCUUCUUACGUUAACGUGGGACUUCGCGAGCUUUCCGCAAGCUGGUGAGCGCGUCUCGAUCAAUUAGCAUAUGCCACUUCCUAGCGGGAAUUUUGUUUCACUGAUUGAAUAAAGCUAAAAAUACGGUUUUUUGAAGGAGCGACCGCAACAUCGAACACCUUGACUAUUUCGGAUACGAUACGUCGCGCAUGCAUCCUGACUCGUUCACGUAGUUUUGUCUCAUAAAAUGCGCGCUUUUUCAUCUUUUACUGUAUUAUGUGUUUUUCUACUCUACAAACUGCGAUUAGUUAUAUUUGUAUUGGUUGGUUAACAUUUCCAUAUCGAGUGGGAGUUAUCGAGUUGUUGUUGUGCAUUCGUAAUUUUUUUACUUAACAUUUAAAUGAAAGUGUGUAAUUUACGAUGGAUUAAUACACGAUUUAUAAAUGAAAAUUGUGUGCUUUGAAUUUGUCAUUCAUUACAUACCGCCGUCGAUAGAAUCAAUUGACAAGAUAGCUAAAUUAUGUGUUUUGUGCGCGAUUAAAAUCUUUUUCUUUUUUAUUUAUAAUUUUAAUUUAUGUGAUAAAAAUUAUAAUUAUAUAUUUGUAAUUUUCAUGUGUAGUAAAAAAGUAGAUAUAUAACGAUAAUUAAGUAAAAUACUCGUUUUUUAUUUGAUAUAUUGUAAUAAUUAUUAAAAUUUCAUUGAGGGGAUGAUAUUAAAGCUUAAUUUUAGUCUUUGUUAUAUCUAUUGUUAUGAAAAUAUAUUCAUUCUUUAGAAUGAAAUUAAUCACUACUUAAGCUUAGAUCAAUUGCUAUUAUUGUAGAGCAUAUUCAUUUUGUCAAUCUUAUCUACAGUAUUGAUAUCUGUAAUAUACAGAAUAAUGUGCUGAGCAAAAUUUAAUCUGUAUUUUUCAUAAAUAGAAAUAAUAAUAUAUUUGUAGUAUUCACUUUUGGAAGUUCUAAUGCCAGGAACAUUGAAAAAGCACUCAAUUAUUAUUGUAACAUUUGCAAAUUACAUUUUAGAGUAAAAAAUAUGUAAUUUAUAUCUAUGAUUUCAUAAGGCAAUGAUGAAUUUGUUUUAUUAAAUAUUAGUACUAUAAAAAAUUGUAAAUUAUAUUUAUCAUUUGCAUAUAGAAAAAUUAAAUAUUAAAUAAUUAUUUUUAUUGUUAUUCACAAUGCUGUCAUUUAUUCUUCAUAAUAAAAUCUAUUAACUUAACUAAUCAACAAGUUACAUUUUAUAAUAUAUUCUGAAUUUAUAAAUGUAAUGUAUGAUUUUCUUCUUUAAACAAAUAUAUGAUAUAUAUAAUCAGUAACAUUGUUAGCUGUAAUUGGAUUCAUUAUCACUGUGAUUGUUGCAUAGAUAGCUACUUCCUAUUUGAUGUAAUAUCUUAUUGCCUAUACUCUGAUGUAAUGAUUUUUUGAAUAGACCAUAAUGCUGUAUAAUAUUUUGAAUAUACUUUAACAUUAUUUGGUAAUAAAGAAUAUACAACAUGUCACAUCAUUUUGUCACAGUUUGUGUAGUUUGUGUUUUAUGUGCUGCACACACUCCAUGUUCAGCACAUACUGAAUUCUCAACAGCGGGACAAACAACUCAUAAUUUUGUUAACUCUGAAAAGCAGUUAGGACCUAAUGAACAAUUACAACCAUCUUGGUUAUUAAUAAAAUCCAAAGAAACACAGCAGAGGGAUGUGAGAAAAUUAAAUUUAAAUAAUCUAGGUGCUUAUAACAAUGGUGCUGUUGAAUUUUCGAAUGUGUUAGAUGACAAUAGCAGAAGCAAAACUAUAUUAUUGGUACCAAUUGCCACAAAUGAAAUCUAUACUAAAAACAAAAACACAGAAAUUGUAAAAGUUAACGAAAAUGUUGAAAUCCCAAUAAUAGGGGAAGAUCCAAAAAGCUUAGAAGAUAUAGAAAUAUUAGAAAGGCUGGGCCAAAUUGAAAUUAUGCACAAUGAUGAAUUAAAUGCAGCACAAUUUAACGGAGAUCAAAAUCCUCUUAACAGGAUUAGGACAAAAAGAAAUGUAGAUAUUAUAGAUGAAAAAUAUUUCAUUGAAAAGAUUUUUGAAGCUUAUGGAGAUGGUACAAGCAUAACAAUGGAAGGCUUUGAAAAAUUGUUAAAAAAGUUAGGACUAUUGAGAUUAUUAACAGAUAUAUCAAGCUUAGAAAAUCAUAAUACUGUUACUAGUCAAAAUGAAAAUCCACUGGACAAGUCAAAGAAUUUACAAAAUAAUGGCCUACCAGAAUAUGAAAAUGGAGCUAAAAAGGAACGGUGCUUAAGUAGUAAAGAAUUAUUAAGUACUGUUGCAAGAGAUAUGCCAUACAAUUUGAUCACUAAUAAUAAUUCAACAUUACCAAGUUGGCUUUUUGAACGCGUGUGUCCAGCUCUUGUUUACCAACUAGCAGGUGAAUCAAGCUCAGAGAGAAAUGGAUGUAUUCGUGUACCAGAGAAUUAUAAGCCAAUAAUUAAUAAAUACCACGGAGAAGACGUUACUCGAAAUAUGGUUCAAGUGUGGGCCUAUUCAACAAUCAGUAUUCUAAUAAUCAGUCUCUGUGGUUUACUUGGUGUAGCUGUUAUACCUUUCAUGGGUAAAAUUUAUUAUCAUCAAUUAUUGCAAUUUUUAGUUGCACUUGCUGUAGGAACAUUGUGUGGUGAUGCUCUUAUUCAUCUGUUACCACAUGCAAUGAUGUCACAUCAUAAUCACGAACAUAUUCAUAAUGACCAUGUUGAAUUAGAUUCUAAAGAGGAACACAAUAUGAAUAUGUGGAAAGGGCUAGUUGCAAUGAUGGGUCUUGCAUUAUUCUUUUUUACGGAGAAAGCUUUAACGAUGUUAGCAGAAUGGAGGAAACUUCGACAACGUCGCAAUAAGCUUCCAUCACGUGUUCGAGUAAUGAGAGAAACUGAUGGACCAAACAGCAAUGUUGUUGGAGAGAAACUUUGCAAACACAAAUAUUCGUCGUAUCCAUAUUGUUAUGGUGAAAUUAGCACGGAUCAAGAUAAUCAUCAUAACCGUCAACAUAAUAACCAUGAGAGACCUCCUGUGAUUGAGGAGGAAAAACCAUUGACGUCUAACUGCAAUUCAGUUUCAAAAAUUAUGACGAAUGAUGUAGAGAAAAAACCAACCGAAGAUUGGAGAUUAGAGGAUUCAAUUGUAAAUACUAAGAAAAAUACGGAUGGUGCAGAUAUACCUUUAAAUGAAUCAGAAAGUUAUACUGUUAUUAUACGCGAACAUGAAAUGAAACAUCAUGGUCAUACUCAUUCACAUGGCCACGUUCAUUCUGCACCUGAAUCUAUGUCUAGUGUUGCUUGGAUGGUAGUAAUGGGUGAUGGUUUGCAUAACUUCACAGAUGGUAUGGCUAUAGGCGCUGCUUUUUCAGCAAAUAUAGCGGGUGGCUUCUCCACAGCAAUAGCUGUAUUUUGUCACGAAUUACCUCAUGAAAUAGGAGAUUUUGCAGUUUUGUUAAAAGCUGGUAUGAGUGCUAAACAGGCUGUUUUUUAUAAUGUGUUAUCUUCCGUACUUUGUUUGUUUGGUAUGAUAUUUGGAGUAUUAUUAGGGAGCACUCCUGCUAUAAGUAGUUGGAUAUUUGCAGCUGCUGCAGGAAUGUUUAUAUAUAUAGCAUUAGUAGAUAUGAUUCCAGAAUUAUCUUCAAGUCACUCUGUGGAGCGUAGUUCUCAAUGGCAAUGUAUUUUACAAGCGUUAGGGCUAUCGUGUGGCCUUGGAAUAAUGUUAAUUAUAGCGCUCUAUGAACACGAUCUUAAAAAUAUAUUCAGUGAUUAAAUUUACAAAGACUGACAAGGUUUUUGAACAAUGGUAAGCUUGCAGUACUUCCUAGAACUAUAUUUACAGUCAACAAUUAAGUCAAUAAAGCUUUGACUGCCCAUUCUUACCGAAACAAUAUUUACUGUUACUAUAAUAUAAACAAUUUACUUUUUCUCCUCCUCACAUUUAGCAUAAGAUUUCUUAUUGAUAGCAACAUAGUUUGUUAUUAAAAACUUAAGAAGGUACUAUAAUGGAAUAAAUGUUUUACAAUAUUAAGAGUAUUCGGUGCACAAGAACAAAUGAGCUAAACAACUUGAAGAAAGUUAGGUAAUUCAAAUGCAACGACAAUAUUUGAAGUAUGCUUAUUAAAAAUUAUAUUUGAGAUAUUGCGUUCUUUGAAAACAAUAAAAACAAUGAGGAUUCAAGCUAAAAGUUGAACAUUUUGCAAUUUAUUUGAUAAAUUAUUAUAAAGAUAGGUAAUUGUAAUCAAUUUUUAUCAGAUAAUUUUUGAUAUUUUAUUACUAAAAUCACAUAAAUUUGUGAAAAUGCCAUGCAGAUCUUUAUUUUAAGUCUCUUAAUUGUAAAUGAUGAUUGGCUUACAUCGUAAAAAAUGAGAGAUGUAAUGUUCUAGUUAAUAUAAGAAAAAUUAUGUACAAAAA